AUGGAUGACGACGCAGAGACAUAUAAACUAUGGAGAAUCAGAAAAACUGUUAUGCAGCUAUGCCAUGAUCGCGGAUAUCUCGUGACUCAAGAUGAAUUGGAUCAAACUUUAGACCAAUUUAAAGAACAAUUUGGGGAUAAACCCAGUGAAAAAAGACCAGCUCGAAGUGAUUUGAUAGUGCUUGUUGCACAUAAUGACGACCCCACUGAUCAAAUGUUUGUAUUCUUUCCUGAUGAGGCAAAAAUAGGUAUCAAAACCAUAAAGACAUACUGUACAAGAAUGCAGGAGGAAAAUAUUCAUCGGGCAAUUGUAGUGGUUCAAGCAGGUAUGACUCCCUCUGCAAAGCAAUCACUAGUAGACAUGGCACCGAAGUACAUACUGGAACAAUUUCUAGAAUCCGAAUUACUCAUCAACAUAACAGAACAUGAAUUAGUCCCAGAACACAUUGUGCUGACGCCGGAUGAAAAGCAAGAAUUAUUAUCUAGAUAUAAAUUAAAAGAAAACAUGUUAAUGAGAAUACAGGCUGGUGAUCCCGUUGCAAGAUAUUUUGGACUUAAAAGAGGACAGGUAGUUAAAAUUAUUAGAUCUUCGGAGACAGCUGGAAGAUAUAUUUCAUAUAGAUUAGUAUGUUAG